AUGGAGAAUGAAAAUGCCAAGCAAUACCAACAGCUCCUAGACACACUGAUGAAACUUAAUGUCAAUAUUCCUUUAGUAGACGCUCUUGUGCAAAUUUCAAAUUAUGGGAAAUUUAUGAAGGAGCUCUUGUCCAAGAAAAAGAAGCUCAGUGAUAUGGAAACUACUGCACUCACAAAGGGCUGUAGUACUAUUUUGACAAAUCAAUUACACCCCAAAAUGAAAGAUCCUGGGAGCUUUACUAUCCCAUGUCCCAUUGGCAACAAUUAUUUAGGCAAGGCCUUAUGCGACUUAGGAGCUAGCAUCAAUGUAAUGCCACUAUCUACUUUCAAAAAGUUGGGAAUUGGUCACAUGAAACCUACUACAGUGACAUUGCAACUAGUUGAUCGAUCUUUGGGUGAACUGACCAUGCGACUUAACGAUGAGCACAUUACCUUCAGUGUUUUCAAAUCUAUUCAAUGCAAUGACAAAGAAGAAUGUCAUAUUGUCGAUGUGCUAGAUGAUUUAAUUGCAGAAGAAUUCAACGACCAAAGCAUAAUACUUUCUGAGAAGUUUGCAAUGACAUUUGAUGAUGAAUUUGUAGAUGAUUGUGACAGCAUGGUUGAAGCUAAUAAUAUUGAACUUAGGCAUGGAUGGCAGAUCGAAUCCUUAGACUUAGCCAACAGAACAACUCCAAUUUUCAAACCAUCUAUUGAUGAAGCUCCUACUCUAGAAUUGAAACCGUUACCUACUAAUCUUAAAUACGUUUUUCUUAGUAAUAAGAAUACUCUCCCCGUUAUUGUCUCCACAACAUUGGAUGUAACUCAAGAAGAGAAAUUGGUCCAUAUUUUUAAGCAACAUAAACGAGCUAUUGCUUAG